UCACAGUUGUGAAAGCUGUGUGACGUACUAUGUAAAAACAGCAAGUUACUUGGCGUCAGAUGACUGGGUCUGUUAUAAAUGGAGGAGGUGUUGUAGUUUAGUCAGUGGGAAAAGGUGUAGCUUCUGUAGUGGAAUUUGAGCUGGGAUACAAGGUUCAGCCAACACGAAGGUCAAAAUGAAGAGUCUGGUUGGGUAUUGUGGGCUCUUGGCAUUUCUUUUGAGCAUCACAGCACAGGCUAAGAAACAACCGACAAGAGUUUCUUCUCAAAGAACAGAUUGCACACAGAUUAAGGCUCUCUCACCGCAAGCAUCCAGUGGGGUUUAUGUAAUCCAGCCUCCUGGAGUCAAGACCCCGUUUAAGGCGUACUGUGAGAUGCGGCCAGAUGGAGGCUGGACGGUGUUUCAGAGACGCAGCGGAGGAGCAGUUUCCUUCACCAGGAAAUGGGCAGCAUAUAAAGGUGGUUUUGGAAACCUGACUGAUGACCACUGGCUCGGUCUGAAGAAGGUUCAAUCUCUGACCAAGAACAAGAUCAAGAAGUGGACUUUGAGGGUCGACCUGUGGGACCACGAAGGUGGAACUGCUUUUGCAGAGUACAGAAACUUCAGAUUGGGCAGUGAGAAGGCAGCUUUCAAACUGCAUGUUGGGAAAUACAAAGGAAAUGCAGGUGAUGCCAUCCGUGGUUCCUAUCCAGGCAUCGACCAGAAUGGCUUCGGCUUCAGCACCAUCGACCGUGACAAUGAUGGCUGCUCCCCAUGCAUCUUUGGUGACAUUGCUGAAAACGACUGCAGCUCUGCAGAUGGUGGUGGUUGGUGGUACAGCCGCUGUGGCUCCGCCAGUCUGCACGGCGAAUGGCAUCCUGCUGGCAACCACAUCGGCUGGGGGUCAGGCCUCCACUGGGAUACCUGGAAAGGUAGGGCGCCCUAUUCCCUGAAGGCCACCAGAAUGAUGAUCAAGUCCGUGUGAGAGGAGCCAACCCACAUUUCACUUCCAGCUUGCUUUUCUGUCAGCACAGCAGGACAAGUAUUAGAGCAGUUCAUGCUGGACACGUUUUAAAAACUUUUUCUAUUGUCCAUUGUUAUUUCUGUUUUUGCUGAGAAUGAUUGGUUUAAAGAAUGAUGCAUAGCCAGUAAAGGCUAACAAUUCAUAAAGUGCAUUUAUUUGAUUAUGAAACACCUGAUUAUAAAAUACAUAUUCAUUAAAGGAUUUUGUCUGCAGAA